GAGGCGGAGCUCCGGUAGUUUAUUUAACGUACAGGAGCAUUUGGUUUUCUUGCGAUUCUAUUGACGAGUGGGCCGCGCACUUCGCCAUGUCGAAAGAGGGCCAGCCACGAGAACCCGAGCAGCUCAGGAAGUUGUUUAUUGGAGGCCUCAGCUUCGAGACCACAGACGAAAGCCUGCGCUCUUAUUUUGAGCAAUGGGGCACGUUAACCGACUGUGUGGUUAUGAGAGACCCAAACUCCAAGCGCUCCAGAGGCUUCGGUUUUGUAACGUACUCCUGUGUGGAGGAAGUCGAUGAAGCCAUGAAGGCACGUCCUCACAAAGUCGACGGUCGUCUUGUGGAGCCCAAACGCGCCGUGUCAAGAGAGGAUUCUAACAAACCCUUUGCACAUACCACGGUGAAAAAGAUCUUCGUGGGUGGCAUCAAGGAAGAUACUGAAGAGGGCCAUCUACGAGACUACUUUCAGGAAUUUGGGAAGAUUGAUGCAGUUGAAAUAAUGAUCGAUCAUAAGACCGGCAACAAAAGAGGCUUUGCAUUUGUUACGUUCGAUGAUCACGAUGCUGUGGAUCGAAUUGUUAUUCAAAAGUACCACACAAUAAAUGGUCACAAUUCAGAAGUAAGAAAGGCAGUGUCUAAACAAGAGAUGCAGAGUUCAUCAAUGAACAUGAGGGGACGUGGAGGUGGAAACUUUGGCGGCGGCCGAUAUGGCAACAAUGACUUUGGAGGAGGCAGAGAUGGAUUCAGAGAUGAAUUUAGAGGAGGCAGAGGUGGAGGAUAUGGAGGUGGAGAUGGCUACAACAAUGGCUUUGGAGGUGAUGGUGGCUACGGUGGUGGCGGCUCUGGUUAUGGUGGCAGCCGUGGUGGGGGAUACGGUGGUGGCGGUGGACAAGGCUACGGUAACGGCGGUGGAGGAUACGGUGGUGGAGGAUAUGGUGGCGGUGGAGGAGGCAGUGGCGGCAGCAAUGCUUAUGAUGGCUAUAACAACGGCAGUGGAAACUUUGGGGGUGGUAACUUUGGUGGUGGUAGCAGCAGCUACAAUGACUUUGGAGACUACAACAGCCAGCAGUCAAAUUUUGGCCCCAUGAAAGGAAACUUUGGAAGAGGUGGCCGGAAUAGUGGCCCAUAUAGUGGUGGAUAUGGGGGUAGCUCUGGAGGAGGUGGAGGCUAUGGUGGAAGUUCAGGCGGAGGAUAUGGUGGAAACUCUGGAGGCAGAGACUCAGUACUUAAGAGAGGAGACAGGAGAGCGAGAGGGCUGACAGGGCCGACAGGGCCAGCGGCAGGUUUACUCCCUAGAUCUGCUCAGCCAUUCAGAAGAGAUGUACAAAUGCCAAAGGAGGACCAGCCACGAGAACCCGAGCAGCUCAGGAAGUUGUUUAUUGGAGGCCUCAGCUUCGAGACCACAGACGAAAGCCUGCGCUCUUAUUUUGAGCAAUGGGGCGCGUUAACCGACUGUGUGGUUAUGAGAGACCCAAACUCCAAGCGCUCCAGAGGCUUCGGUUUUGUCACGUACUCCUGUGUGGAGGAAGUCGAUGAAGCCAUGAAGGCACGUCCUCACAAAGUCGACGGUCGUCUUGUGGAGCCCAAACGCGCCGUGUCAAGAGAGGAUUCUAACAAACCCUUUGCACAUACCACGGUGAAAAAGAUCUUCGUGGGUGGCAUCAAGGAAGAUACUGAAGAGGGCCAUCUACGAGACUACUUUCAGGAAUUUGGGAAGAUUGAUGCAGUUGAAAUAAUGAUCGAUCAUAAGACCGGCAACAAAAGAGGCUUUGCAUUUGUUACGUUUGAUGAUCACGACGCAGUGGAUCGUAUUGUUAUACAAAAGUACCACACAAUAAAUGGCCAUAAUUCAGAAGUUAGAAAGGCCCUGUCUAAACAAGAGAUGCAGAACGCAUCGAUGAACAUGAGAGGACGUGGUGGUGGAAACUUCAGUGGUCGAUAUGGCAACAAUGAUUACGAAGGAGGCAGAGAUAGCUUCAGAGAUGGAUUCAGAGGAGGCAGAGGUGGCAGUGGAGGAUAUGGAGAUAGCUACAACAAUGGAUUUGGAGGAGAUGGUGGCUAUGGUGGUGGUGGCAGUCCUAGCUAUGGAGGCAACCGUAGUGGGGGAUAUGGCGGAGGAGGACCCGGCUACUGUAACAAUGGCGGAGGAGGCUAUGGUGGUGGCGGAUAUGGCAGUGGUGGAUAUGGCAGUGGCGGCGGUGGUAACAACUACGACAACUAUAAUAAUGGCGGUGGAAACUUUGGAGGUGGUAAUUUUGGUGGAGCUGGCGGUGGUAGCGGCAACUACAGUGACUUUGGAAACUAUAACAGCCAGCAGUCAAGUUUUGGCCCCAUGAAAGGACACUUUGGUGGCAGCGGUGGCAGGAAUAGCAGCCCAUAUGGUGGUGGAUAUGGAGGUAGCUCCGGGGGAAGUGGAGGCUACAGUGGUAGACGAUAUUAAGUCCUGUAAAGGACUCAGUACUUAAGAGAGGAGACAGGAGAGCGAGAGGGCUGACAGGGCAGCGGCAGGUUUACUCCCUAGAUCUGCUCAGCCAUUCAGAAGAGAUGUACAGUAGUGCUGUCACGAGAGGGACAUUUUGUUUUAUUUUUUUGUUUUUUCUUUAAUGGUUGUGAUGUCAGGCUUUUUAUAUUUUACUUUAUGGGAAUGCAUUCCAUAUGAAGCUUUGUGUAGAAUUACUUUAAAAUAGGGUCUAAUUAUGUGUAACAAUCAAAAUCAAGAAAUAAAGCAACAUCCAUUUUU